CUCUCUCUCUCUCUCUCUCUCUCUCUCUCUCUCUGUGGGUGUGUUCAAGACCAGGCAGGUCUAUAUCUGUGUUAUUUAGUAGUGAGACACUUGUGAAACAGCCGACUGCUCACAACAGCCCUUCACUCUUUUACCAAGAUGCAGAGGUGGGUUUUGAUCUGUUGGGCCCUCCUGGCUCUGGUUGGUGCUGAUGAGUGUCCAGAUGGAGGGAGUUGUGGAAACGGUCAAACCUGCUGCAACAACCCGGCCAACGGCUAUGAAUGCUGCCCGCUUGAUCAGGCUGAGUGCUGUGGGGAUCACAUGCAUUGCUGUCCUGCGGGAACAGUCUGCGAUACAGCCACGUCUAGCUGUUUGAGCUCCACUGGGUCCAUCCCCUGGGUGGAAAGAGCUGCUGCUGAUCAGCCCGGACUCUCCAGAUCCUUCAGGAUGAUCAAGGCGUACAUGGGAGAGGAUGAAGACAACAUCUGUCCUGAUCUGUCACGAUGCCCACCUGAGUUUUCCUGCCUGAGGGCCUUGACAAAGUAUGGCUGCUGUCCCUUAGCUCAGGGAGUCCCCUGCUCUGAUGGGAAACACUGCUGUCCUGAGGGCCACCAGUGCAGCGCAGACUGCCGCUCCUGCAUCAAAGAAGAGCUUGCGACUACAGUUCUGUGCAGCGACGGAGUGUCAGAGUGUCCAGAGGAAACCAGCUGCUGUGAAACCCCAGAAGGAACGUGGGGCUGCUGUCCCAUGCCAAAGGCUGUGUGCUGCGGGGAUAAGACACACUGCUGUCCUGAAGGGAGCACAUGUGAUGUCGAAAACUCCAAAUGUAUUUCCUUAUCUACCAAAAAAGAGACGCCGAUGUGGGCCAAACUACCUGCCAGGAUGAGAGCAGUCUGGGAGAACAAGAAAGAAAAUGAAGCUGUCACUGCACAUACAGUUGGUGGUGGUGGCUCAGAAAAAUCCCCUGAAGUCACCACAGUGAGUACAGUUCCUCCUCCAGAGACGGAAAUACCAUCAGUCACCGAGGCAGCUGCAGGCAAUGAUGUCCCCUGUGAUGAAACAGGAUCCUGUCCAGAUAACACCACAUGCUGUAAAAACCAAGAGGGCGGCUGGGGUUGCUGUCCUCUACCAGAGGCUGUUUGUUGUGAAGAUUUAAUUCACUGCUGCCCAAAAGGUAAGAAAUGUAACGUGGCUGCACAGACCUGUGAGGAUCCAACAUGCUCUGUGCCGUGGUUCCAGAAGGUACCCGCAAUCCCCAAACAGGGCGCACAGGUGGGGAAUGUCACAUGUGACGAUACCCACGCUUGUCCUGAUGACAAUACCUGCUGCAAGACCACAACAGGAGACUGGGCCUGCUGUCCUCUACCUAAGGCGGUCUGUUGUGACGACCACGAACACUGCUGCCCUGAGGGCACCACCUGUGACCUGACCACGCUCUCCUGUAGCAGCGCCUCGGGCUUAACGCCCAUGAUGCAGAAGAUACCUGCGUUCGCCACGGCGGCGCCCACUACGGUGGCCGCUACGACCCAAAGUCAGGCAAAAGGCACAGAGCAAACAGAGGAGCCUGAGACAGAGGACGAGGAGGAGGAGGAAGAGGAGGAGAAUAAAGGAGAAGUGGAGGUCAUUCAGUGUGACGACCACGUCACCUGCCCUGGGUCCACCACCUGCUGCUUCACGAGCCAGUCUCAAACGUGGGGCUGUUGCCCGAUACCAAAAGCUUCGUGCUGCAGGGAUGGGAUCCACUGCUGUCCCUUCGGAUACAUAUGCGACGCGAGCAACUGCAUCCGAGGGGAAGUGGUGAUCCCAUGGUACACCAAGCUUCCAGCCACCACAAGAUUCGAGGCCGAUCCCAGCGCUGUGCAGUGCGACCAGCAGAAUCAAUGUCCUGAACACACCACCUGCUGCCAGCUGCUCACGGGCGAGUGGGGCUGCUGCCCGCUGCAAGAUGCUGUGUGCUGUCCAGAUAAGCAGCACUGCUGCCCACAGGGAUACACCUGCAACAUGGCCUCUAACUCCUGUCAGAAGAUCAGCAUGCUGCAGCUCGAGUCCAUCCCGCUGACACCGGUGUAUCUGCUCAAGCAUGAACCCAUGCUCAGUCCCUCAAAGCACAGAGACGUCAAGUGUGAUGAUCAACAGAGCUGUCCAGAUGGAAACACCUGCUGCAGGACCGACGCUACUUCAUGGGGCUGCUGUCCACUUCCCUCCGCGUUGUGCUGCAGCGAUAUGGUGCACUGCUGUCCCAACGGCUACGCCUGCACUGACACUGGAGAAUGUACCAAGGACACCAGGCUCCAGUGGCACAAGUGGGAUAUGUUCUACGCCAACAAGAAGAGAGCUCUAAUUUUGUGAAAACCAUUCUCCGCUGCAAUGUCAUUUUUUCUGCAUGCAAUGCACUAAUUGAAAAUAAGGGAUUUUAUGAUCAUUUUGAGAUGCUUUGUUCUUAGAGGAACGUAGUAAAAGGUGAAGGGGACACUGUGACAUUGAAUUGCAUUUGGGGUUAUAAUGUUCUGUUACAACUACAUGCAACAAGAUUAGGGCAUUAAGAUUUUAAUAACUUCUUUUAAGUGUCAUAGAGCCUUGUUAUUCCAAGUUUGAAACUUUACUCCAUCCAUUAAAAACACUCCACAGGCAAUACGAUUGUAUUCACUGUCAGUCAUCUGUUUCUCUAUAUUCUGCUUAAACUGCCUUGUCCUUGCAACGUGCACUUCUCUAUCAAUAAUCAGUCACAAUACAGGGCAUAAUUUCACAUAAGUUAAUCAUUUUAAAUGUACGUGAUUCCACCUCAUGAUGAAUGAAUCUGCUGCAGUACUGGUUUCUGGUCAGUACUUUAGACAUUAGAUCUAUUUGUGGCAUAAUCUGUAAUGCGUUAUUAAUUUUAAGUGAUUUAAUUUUGUGCAUUUUAUUGUCACUUAUUGUGUUAAUUUGGGAUUUAACACAGAAAUAAUAUGCUUGGUGCAGCUUAAUCUGCGUAAAACUAAUAAACAAGAAGAUAUGAUGUUA